UUUGCAUUGAUACAGGUAUUUCAUUAAGUGUGAAAAAUAAUAACUAUAACCUAAUGUUUUCUGCGAAAACUUUGUCGAGUGAAAAGGAACGAUUAAUAAUCAAAGGAAAAAAAAUACCAAGCCCGCCGGGAAAUAUUUGUGACGUCAGUGGUUUACUAAAUUCCAGAAAUUUUUUAGCGAUCUGUUGCGCUGCACGACUUGGUGAAGCUGUUAGUUUUAUAAAAGUAUUUGGAAGACGUUUUAUAAAUUUAAUAGUUUCGCCAUGACGAAAGUUUCGAAAACGGUCUGUUGAAUGUGAUUGUUGUAUUAAGUUUAACCUUUGAAAAUUAUUUUGUUAUUGCUUUUUUCCAACGAAAAAUAUGAAAUCUUCCCGCACUCACUUGGUAUCUCGUUCCAAAAGCCCAAAGUGCUCCUAUACUCAAUCUGGUUAUCACCAGAAUAUGUCUGGGAGUGACACUGAUGUUUCCACUUCUACAGAAAAUUUAACUGUUGAAGAGAAAAAAUUUUUAUUAAAUGGUGUUCGUCAAGAACCACAAGGGGAAGAAACAGUGACAGAUGAUGUUGACACCAUUUCUUCUAAUACUUUAAUUAUCCAUGAUAAAAUUUCUGGAGAUCAUAAUUCUCCAUUUUAUGGAAAAAUUUAUCAUCAGGGUAAAGGCAUGAAUAAACCUGUAAUGGAUUCUGACUCAAUUGAAAAAUUCAAAAGGUUGUAUGCAGAAAAUGAAGGAAUACAUCAUAUCACUCCUAGAAGCAGUCCACCAGUUCCACUGUCGCCUAAAUCUUCUAGUCGACGACCUAUGUAUUCAGGACUUCAAAAGAGCCCUGUGCAUACCCAAUGGGAACAAUAUACUUCAAGUAAUGACCAUUCACCUAAUAAAAAUCAAGGUUUGCCUGCAUAUUCUUCUGGUCCAUAUCAUUAUCUUUCUUCCCCAAAUUCCUAUCAAGAAGCACACCCUGUGCAAGGUAUUACUGAAAUUCCUAAGGACUAUCUAGCUCAGUCUGAAGUUUUGAAAUAUUUAGCAAAAGAAUUAAAUCACCAAAAUGUGUUGACUGAAAUAAAUAAUUAUCCACCAGCCCCAGAAUAUUCCAAGCAAAUGUCUGAUCAUCGUCAAAUUAGUAAUGUAAGAAGACGUGGCUAUGGUGUGUUAAAUUUAAGAUCAAAAUCAGCUGAUAGAUUAUCAGUGUCUCGGUCACAUCCAGAUCUGAGCCACACUAAAAAUUUUCAUUCUGAAGAUAAUAGUGCCAAAUUAUCCCCUGGACAACAGAGGCCUGAGACUCAUGGCAGAGCUAUACAUGGAGUUGAUUCGGAAAUGGUUUCUAUGCAAACCAAUCAAAUGAUAGAGCUCUUGUCUGCUGAAAAUACAGCUUUAAAAACUGAAUUGGACUUAUAUUAUAAAAAAGUCUCCAAAUUACAAAAGUUUGAAUUGGAGAUACAGAAAGUUCACAAAGCAUAUGAAGAUCUGGUGCAGUCAUCAGAAAAACGAGAAAGGUUAGAACAAUCAAUCCGAAAUCGCUUAGAAAUGGAAAUUCGACGUUUACAGGAUCAUAACAAAGAUUUAAGAGAACAUCUUGAAUCUGCAAAUUCUCACUUCCCUAAAGCAACAUUUUCUGAUAUUACUGAUACAGAACUUAGGAAAGAGCUUAGUAAAAGAGAAGUUCUGAUAUCUCAACUCUUAACUCAAACCAAAGAGUUAUUAGCUGAGAAAGAUAGACAAGAAAUAGAAUUACAAGCUCAGAGAGCAACUUUACACGAGCAGAGGAAUCACAUAGACAUUCUAGAUAAUGCCUUAACAAAUGCACAAGCUAAUGUUGUGAGAUUAGAAGAAGAGUGCCGUAAAAAGCAAGUAUAUGUUGAAAGAGUGGCUCAGCUACAGAAAGCAUUAACAAAUCUUCAGCAAUCCAGUGAAAAGAGGUUACAAGUAGAAAAGAAAUUACGGGCGCAACAUGAAAAGGAAAUCCAGGCUUUAAGAUCUCAACAGCAAGGGCGAUCACCUUCUACUGUGCCUAAAAAUGAAAGUUUAGAUAAUGUAGAAAGCCUGAAAAAGCAAAUGAUGGAAUAUGAAGAAAAAAUAAUUGGUUUAGAAGCUGAAGUUUCUAAGUGGGAGCAACGUUAUAUAGCAGAAAGUACAAUGAGACAAAUUGCAGUUGAUGCAGCUUCAGUGCCAAAAGAUGCAAAAAUUGCUGCUUUAGAAAAAACUUCGCAAGAAAGUGAAAAAUUAAUAGCUCAAGCUCGUACUGAAAAGUUAAAACAGAUGGAUGAACUUUAUGCUGCAAACAGAAAAUGCAUGGAAUUGGAAAGCAGAAUCAAAGAUAUGGAAGCCAAAUUAGCUGAAAAGGAUGCCAUGAUCAAAGUGCUACAGCAACAUUCCCAAGAUAAGGAUGCUGUAUUUCAAAAUUGUGUCUUAGGUCGACCACCAAGACAUGCUCGUUCUGCAAGUACUGUUGGUUUAACCACCAGCACUUGUCAUACAACUACCACAACAGGUGUUUCCUCUCUGGGAAGGGUUUCUCCAUCUCCGACUAAUACAUUGCAUCGAAGAACUGGAAGUGCUUCAGGAAGUCUUCUUAGUAUAUCAAGCGAAUCCUCAAGUACUGCUCUACCAUCACAAUCUUCUCCUGUAACAGAAUCUGUUACAGCUACCAAGAAGAGCCUUGAUGAACAACUAAAAGAGCUGGACUCUCGUCUCUCCAGUAAGGACUCGAUCAUAAGCGCUCUACGAGCAGAGAGAGAAAGGCAUCCAAGUCACUUCUGGAGAGUAUGAAAGAAAUUAUAUGUAAUUAAGAGCAUCCUAGUCAUUAUUUUAGGAAACAAACCUUCCCCAACUUAUCUUAAGGAAUGUAAUAAGUGCCUUGUUAAGCUGCUGGAACAGCUGAACAAAAAAUCCUGUAUUGUUCAAGUUUUUUUGUUAUGUAUAAUGCUUAUGCCAAUUUUCUUUGUUAUUUCUUAAAAUGUGUUUUAUUUCAAAUUCCCAUCUGAGAGCAUGGAUUGUUCCCUUUGGAUUUUCUUUAUAUAUAUAUAUAUAUUUUAAUCUUGCUUUAUCUCUUAUGAGAUAGCAUAAUAUGAAUGAACCGGUGAUGGGAAGGAAGUAUCUUGCUGGUCAAGAUACUUAUUUCUUCCUACUAUUUUGAAAAAGAAAAAAUAACUGGAACUAACUGCUUUUAUCUUUUUAUUGAAUCAACUAGAUCUGUAGAUACUUCCUCCUUAUGCUUUUUAUACAUUUUAUAUAAACUGGUAACAUUGCCACUAUCUCUUUGACUGUCACUUUGUAUAUAAUCAAAUAAUGUGCCACAUUUCAAGGAAUUAAAAACAUUUUAUCUGAAA